UGCACGCCAGCUUGCGGUAUCUGAGAGAUUGCCCGUCGGCCUCCGCGGAAUCCAGGUAGACACCAAGAUCAUAGCAUCCUCGACGCACGCUGCCAUCACGACUACACAUCGUGAUACUGCUUCCAUCGUGACGACGUCGACCCCCAGCCCGAACAACCACCACAAGCGCAUGGAGCCCGAUUCCGACCAAAUGAGCGCGCCGGACGCGCACGAGGCCAAGGACCACGAAAAGCGCCGGCGCAUCCAGGCCGACGCCGACCCGUCGGCGCUCCAGGCCCACCACAUGGAGCUCUACCGUGUCGUGUACGAAGACUUGCGCACCAAAUCGACAGUCGGGUGGCAGAACGCGGUCACGGCCUUUGAGACCGCGACUGCCCACCCCGAGACACCGGCAACCAUCGAGUUUCUCCAGCUCUGCUUUCGCCAGAUUGUGAGCAUCAUGCUCGACCAGCAUGCGAGCAAGAUUGGCCCGACCGAGAAGAGUUGCGUGAUCCAGACGCUCACCAAGGGCAUCGUACUCUGCGUUGGCCAGUUGAAGGCGCACCGACCGACCUUUCUCUCGCACGCGGCUGUCCUCCUCAACAAGAAGAAGCUCUUUUACAAGGAGGUUCGCAACUCGCACAUGAUGGGACAGUACUGGAACAAGGCGACCGGGUGCCCCGAGGUCCGCCAGCAGUGCAUUAGCCUCUUCCACGAGCACGGCGGCUUCCUCGUCCUCGCGCAAACGAUCGAGGCCAUGGUCGAGAACGACGAAAGCGUCGCGUGCCUCGGCCUCGUGCCCAUGGACGAUCUCCGCAUCUUUGUCCUCGCCGUGCUCGAAGCCCGCAGCAGCGUCGACGUCGGGCUCGUCUAUCGUCUCUCGCUUGCGAUCCUUCGCCUCCUCCUCGCGCUGCCCGCGGCCGAGUUGAAGAAGGAGGCGACCGACGUCAUGGGCCACGUGCUUGGCACGAUCCAGCGGCUAUGGGACGUCCACCACGCGUCGCCGCUCCAGGACACGAUGCUGCAGGUCAUUGCGCGCUUCAUCGAGUCGACGUCGCUGCCGCAGCGCCUCUUUGGUUUCGAGCAGCUUGGCCACUUGAUUGGCGCGGCGCGGCACGUGCAGCCGUACCCGAUCUCGUACACAGUGAGCGGCGCGGGCUCGGCGCAUGUCAACGGCACGUACCUUCUCUCGUCGACGGCCACGUACGUCCAGCCGAGCGUGGUCCCGACCACGAGUCCGCUCACGCUCUUUUGCUGCACGAUGAAGAGCGGCGCAAAAUGGUGGUUCCUCUCGGAAGCCGACAAACUCCAGCCCGGUACGGACCAGGACGUGGACUAUUACCAGCAUCAGUCGUCGUCGCUCGACGAGUGCCUCCCGCCUGUGCUCCACUGGCAGCCGACGGGCAGCGGCAUGGCCCCGGCGCCAUUGCUCGUGCCGACGCGCGCACCCGAGGCGUCGAUCGACCCCGCCCGAUUUUUUGGCGACCGCAUGCACCGCGAAGUCGUCGCGCGCAGCACGACGUUGUUGACGUUCCUCGCCGAGUCGCACGCGAUCUCGGAGGCGCACUUGCUGCAGAUUGUGGCCUCGACGUCGGGCAAGGAAGCGUCGCUCAUGGCCGAGAUCCAAACCGUUCUCGUGACGUGCGUCUUGCCGUACGUCUCGGACGCGAUGCUCGAGCCGUUUCUCGAGCACGUGCUCGCGUCCAACCUCACGGAUGCGACCUUGUUGAUGGAGAAGAUUGCGACGCAGUACCGGUGCAUUCUGCUGCGUCCAAGCCCGACGGUGCGUAGCGCGGUCGCGCGUGUGCUCUGGGCCAUCCAGCUCCAGUCGGCCAAAGCGACGUCGUCGGAGCUGCUCGACGACGCGUCUACGUUUGUAAACGCGUGCGUGGCGCAGCUGCAGCUCUCGGCCGGCCAGUCGACGCCGCUUGCGUUGGACGACGAGACGCGCAUCGCGCGCAGCCUCGAGCUGCUCCAAGUGCUUUUGACAGCGUCGACGCCGGUGGCGCCACUGGUUGCGCUCUUGUUUGACGAGAUUGCGGCCUUUGUCGCGCGCAACCCGAUCGCAUCGCCGAUGGCCGAGGCCGCGCUGCGCCACCGCCUCGAGCUCCUUCAGUUUCUGCACCACAGCAGCGCGCUUACGUUUGAGGAAGUGCUGCGCAUCUGGAGUGCCCUGCGCGUGCAUUACGCCGACGUCUGCUACGAGUUUCUCCGCGACGCGUCGAUCUUUGUGGUCGCGGAUGCGGCGCCGCUCCAAUUGGACGUGUGUCGUCGCGUGUUUGAGCAGCUGCUGUGCGUCGCGGCCGAGACCAACUACGCGUCGCUGAGUGUCCACGGGUUCAACUGUUUUCACACGUUUUUCAUUGGGCUCAACGCGCACAUGUCGCACCUCGUGCGGUCCCCGACCUCGAUUCGACGCGUGAUGCGCCUCCAUGCGCUCCUCGGCCUCGACGCGCUCUGGACGAUCGCGAUGGAAGGCGCGCCGGACGUCGCCAAGCUCGCCACGAACGAGCUCCUUCAAGUGUACGCCCAUGUCGACGAAGGCGACCGGAUGGAGUCGCGGGUGCACUUUUUGUCGCACGUGUUUGCGUCGCUCGAGCACGCGCGGCUCGUGACGCAAGGCGUGCAGCUGCUCGCGGGCUUUGUCGCGUCCCAGCCAGCGCGCCUCGUGCACGGAAAGCGAUCGCGCGGCACGCAGCUCACGCUCAAGUGCGUCGUGCAGCGGAUUCCCAACCAGCUCCACAACGAGCGCACGUACGUGACCCUCACGGUGUUUGCCAACGACCCGGUCGCGCGCCUCCGGUCGCUGGUCGAGCGCACGGUGCAGCACCCGAAGAACCAGACCAAGCUCCUCGCGCACAGCGCGACGCUCAUUGGCGAGGCCAAGACGCUCGCCGAGGUCGGCCUCACCGAGUCGACCGAAGUCCGGGUCGUUUUGUUUCAAAAUGUCGUGACCAAGGCCGCCGACGAAGCGACGAUCUUUGCGCCGAGUGAGCUCGAAGCCUCGUCGCCCGGCGCGCUCCUUGCCGCCAACGAGGCGUAUCUGGACGUGCUUUUCGGUCUCCUCGCGUCGUCGACGACGCCGAAAAUGACGCAGGUGCUGCUCCGCGACCUUUUGCAGCAGAUCCCGACCAACCCUGACUGGCUCGCGCGCUGUGCGACGCCGCUCACGUCGCCCAAGACGGUCGCGUCGUGGCUGGCAGCCAUGCCGUACCCCAAAGCCGUCUACGUGCUCGAGGUCCUCGACGGUCUCCUCAUGCCGUCGUCCAUGGCGCAGCGCGCCUACGACGAGCCGUUUGUCAUGGCGUUUGUGCGCUUUGGGAUUCCGGACGUGCUCGACUUUCUCUUUCACGUGGCGAGGGAAGAACACGGCAUUGAAGUCGCCUUGCGGAUCGUCAAGUUUGGCUGCGUCGAGCACCACAGCGUCUCGGCCAUGGCACUCGACGUCCAAGAGGCGCUCGUGAAACACUUGACGACGCUUGUGCUCUCGCAGCACGCGCCCCGCGUGCUUCUCGAUGCGCUCGAGCUCAUUCAGGCGACGACGACUGCCUCCCAAUGGUUCAUCCAAGUGUUUUCGAUCUCGCUCGAGAUGACGCUGCUGCAUCCGUGCGAACCCGUGCGCGCGCAAUGGCUCUUGACGCUGCAACGCCAAGCGAAAGACGCGAGUGUGCUUGUGGACCCGCUCACGGCUGCGAUCGGCCAGCUGCGCGUCGACUCGCCCGUGUGCCACGAGCUCUUUCAGCUGCUCGAACACGUGGUCGAGCACGCGCCGUUGCAUGCGCUGGACGCACUUGUCAUCAACUUGCUGCAGCUACUGACGCCGUCGACGUCCAACCAAGUACUGCUCGGGUCGCUCCAGUCGCUCGCCCACAUUUUGUCGCUUGCGCCGCAGCACGCGGCACGGGUCUGGGAGGUGGUCUACGACCAAGGCCUCUUUGCGAUGCAGUCGUCGGAAGGCCACCGCGCGCGGAGCCUCUGCACAACCACCGAGACGCGUCGCGCGGCCUAUAGCGUCCUUGCGCAAACGGUCAAGCACGCGCCGGCCAACCAAGCGGCGCUGCGCGCGAAGCUCGGGCGACUGCUGCAGGAGGCGGCCAACCCCAAGAAAUGGGGCCAAGAAUGUAACGUGGUCGCUCGUGCCAGUGACGACCAUGUGGGCCUCAAGAACCAAGGCUGCUCGUGCUACAUGAAUUCGUUCUUGCAGCAGCUCUUCAUGUACCUUCCGAUCCGGCAAGGCCUUCUCGCCGCCGCGAUUCCCGACUCGUUCAAGACGAUUGAAGAGGACGGGGAUCUGGCGACGAUUGCGCCGUCGUCCCUCGUCGGUCGGCGCAUCAUGCACGAGUGCGGGAACGGCCGGUCGUUUGAGGCGCUCAUCACCGGCUUUGACCCGAGUACGAACCAACACACGAUCAAGUACGACGACGGUGGCGCCGACUUUUCCAUCCAAGUGCUCGGAAACGUGCACAUGACGCUGCUGCCGCCCGUCUUGGAAGGCGACGACGCGACGGUCGAGGUGCUGCGUCAAGUGCAGCGCACGUUUUGGUAUCUCAAGGACAGCGAGAUGCGCUACUACAACCCGAAAGCCCUGGUCGAAGCCUGCAAGUGCUUGAACCUCGAGUUUUCGGUGUACCAGCAAAACGACGCGAGCGAGUUUUGCGACAAGCUCCUCGAUCGUCUCGAGAUUGGGCUCAAGAAGACACCGCAAGGCGCGGGGUGUCUCCAAGCGAACCUCGGCGGCAAGCUCAUUUCGCAAAAGCUGCCCCAAGGCUGCGGCCACCGCUACGAGCGCGAAGAAGCGUUCAUCCGCCUCGAGCUCCAGAUCCGCGGCAAGGACUCGAUCGAGGAGUCGCUCGCGAGCUUUGUCGAAGGCGAGGUCAUGGAUGGCGACAACAAGGUCGAGUGCGAGCAGUGCGGUACGAAAAAGGCGGCGACGCGACGCACGUGCUUUGGCGCGCUCCCGAAUCUCCUCGUGCUCCACCUCAAGCGCUUCGACUUGGACUAUGCGACGUUUGAGACGGUCAAGCUCAACAACCGGUGCUCGUUCCCGCUCGAGCUCGAUAUGCGGCCGUACACGAAAGAAGGCCUCGAAGACGAGAAGGAGUCGGAUGGCGACGACGCGUCGAUGAUGAUGGAGAAUACAGCCGAGACCAGCAGUGCGUAUGCCUACGCGCUCCGCGGCGUGCUCGUGCACUCUGGUGUCGCGCAAGGCGGCCACUACUACUCGUUCAUUUUGGACAAGACCAAGAACGAGUGGUUCAAGUACGACGACGAGGACGUGAGUCCGUUCGACCCGGCGCACAUUGAGGCCGAGUGCUUUGGCGGCACGCAGAAGCGCACGUCGUCGUGGAACGGCGUGACCAACACGAUGGAGAUGGAAGUCUUCUCCAACGCGCUCAUGCUCUUUUACGAAAAGGUCGAGCCGACGCCGGCGCCGACGCCAAUUGUGACGCCGUCGCCGCUCGCCCACGAGGUCUGGCUCGCCAACGACGUCUUUCUCAAGCACUCGUAUGUCUUUGACGCGGACUUUCACGAGUUUGCAAAAGACGUCAUCCUGCAUGCGGAUGCGGUCGAGUGGUAUGCGCUCGGCCUCUCGUUUGUCCUCGACGUGGUCUUGCACUCGCGCGAAAAGAAGGGCAUUGCGCGCUGGCUCCAAGCGCUGCAGCAUGCGUUUAGCGCCCACCCGGGCCUCGUGGCGCGGUUUCUAGAUGACGUCAUUGGUGACAAGAAGGCGACGUGGCUCACGACGUACCUCUUUGAGUGCCCCGACGGCAUGGCGCGGCAGACGUUUGUGCACUUGGUCACGCGCGCGCUGCUUUUGGCGCCAACGGAGAUGACGCAGCGUGUCGUUACCGAGCUCGUCGGCCUCUGGAACGUGGUGUUUCCGUUGUACGUGGACGAUUUCUUCAACCUUGUCCGGCACCUCUGCGAGCAGUCGGCCGAGAUGCGCGCGCAGUUCGUCGCGGCCAACAUGUGCAGCCGUCUCGUGCACUUUUUCCUGGGCGCGCGCAGCCUUCCGCCGCUCCAAGCCGCGUACCCCACGGCCGCGCUCUCGAACGCGCAGAUGGACUUUCAACCGCUGUUUGAGGCGCUCGCGGGCUUGCUGGGGCUGCCCCGGCGCGUGCCCGAGCCGCUGCUGGCGGACGGGUCGGUGCACUCGAUCACGCUCAGCACACGUGCGAUCGCGGCCUUUUCCGAGCUCUUUGACGAGUUUGCCAUCAAUGGUGUCAUGGGCGUGAACGAGCUCAAGGCGUACUUUAAAGCGUGUGGCACGACCAUGUCGACGGCCAAGACGGCCGGGAAGAAGAUCAAGGCGAUGCUGUCGGCCGGCCCCGAGCUCACGAAAGCGGCGUUUCUCGCGCAGUAUACGGAGAUUGCGUCGACGUCGUCCAAGAUGGUGCUCUCGGAUCUGAAGGCGCAUGGCUUUGGCGAGAACCUCCAGCGCCUCCCAACGCUGGAUAUGACGAAGGACAAUGCACGUGCGUUCUUGCAACGCCUCUCGCCCUUGUGCCAGCAUGCUCUGACGCACCCCGACUUUCUCGAGUCGGCGCUCGAAGAGGACCCGGAAGCGAUUUGCGAUGUCGUGGUCCGUGUCUCGUUUGGUGUGCCGACCACGUCGCAGGUCGUCGUCGCGAGCCUUUUGCAGCAGUUGGCGACCGCCGAAAUGGGCUGGAAAGGCCAAGCGAUUGUCGACGUGGCCUCGACGAUCUUGUCGCAGCUGCUGCGUACCGGUGACGAAGCGCUGUUGGACGCGACGUUUCUGCAGUCGCCGACGUCGCUCUUGAUGGCGCCGCGCGAGCGCGCGAUGCGUCUCCCGCCGCAUCCCCACACGUCGCUCUUUGUGUUUCGGUACCUCGCGCUCGUCCUCGACUUGCUGAAAGUUCCUGCGGUCGCCAAUUACUUGGCGCCACGCCGCGCCGAGUGGUCAUGGACGUACCAAUGGCUGCGGCUCGAGUCGCUCAAGCAGCCGCUCGGUGGCCGCGCGAGCAUUUUGUACCGGGACCCGGCCAAGCUCGACGCGCUCGUCGCGCUCGGCGAUGCGCUCGGGAUCCCGUACACGCCGGAAGAGAAGAGCUACGUGGUCCAGAACGCAGGCUUUGCGCCGCUCAACGGCGUGUAUACGGUGCAGGCGCAGACGCACGACAACUGCCUCGUGUUUUGCUACACGUCGCCCAUUAACGGGAUCGAGUACACGCUGUUUCGGUGCGAGAUGCCGAGCAAGGCGCACCGGUGGUACCUCUCGCACGCGCCCAACAAGCAGACGCUCGGCACGUCGAGCGACGAAGACUACUACUUUUGCGUCUGCUCGGUGCACGACGACACGCCGCCCGAGGACGGCUGGAAGCCGUGGACCAAGAACGUGGCGGCGACGCUGCCGGUUCCGACCGUCGCUUUGCACGCGUCGUCGAUUGCGACCGCCGAGCCGAUCGAGGACUCGAUGAUGCUGGACGACGAAGACGACACGGUCGAGUACGAGGACAGCGAAGACGAGAUCCGCGUGAGCAACGAGCGCUUCCAGGCCGUCCACCUCGCGUCGCCCGACACGACGGGCCCCAUGUAAACGCGCUGCGUUGAGUCUAGUUUUUUCAUAUCCCCC